AUGUUGACUCCAAUUCGUCGUCGUACUGCUUCCCUGCUUGUCUCCAAUACUGCUGCUGUUGUCGCUACCUCCAAACGGUCCAUUGCUUCAACCGUCGCUCGUUCUUUUACCAAUGAAGAACCCAGGUUUCAAUUCGAAAAGGCGCAUCAUCAAGUCGCUCCUUUGACAGACCCUACUCUCUACGCUCCACAAGGUCAUUUUGAUGCCUCAGCAUCCACCAAGGCUACUUUUACCCAUCCUUCUACCACGACGGCUAAUACUGCCUCUGUGACAACGGACACAGCCAACGCUAAUGAUACCAAUACCAUCUUUACUCCUUCUGUCAAUGCUGUAUUUGACGACUAA